UAUUUGCAUUGGUCGCCAUAAAAAUGGCAGUUAAUCGCAAUGAAUCUGGGUGCUCUCUGUACAUCUCGCGGAUGCUGAAUAUUCCUAAUAAAAUUGGUGGCCUAUCGAGAUCAGAACUGAAGAGAGCAAUCCUAGAGUCCCAACCUUUGGACAACUGGAGCACGUAUCAAACGACAUAUGGACUGGUCGUCUCCUUCUGUUCAGAGGCCGAUGCCGACAAAUUAAUUGAGUCCACAAAUUUCUCAGAGAUCUUCCGAUCCCCAGUCCAAGUCGUGAAAUUUCGAGCGUGCGGUUCACAUUAUAAACAAUCAAUUUUUCUUCACGAUGUACCCUGGGCUAUUCCUCUGGAAGAUUUAAGUUCUGCUCUAAAUAAACAAGGGAUUACCUCAGCGACUCUUGACAGAUGCCAGUACCACAUCAGAAUAAAAAUUCCUGAUGUGUCGGACUACGAAAAACUUAUUCGUGAGGGACUAGAUUUCUUCGGGAUCUGUCGCUUCAACGCCCUUCCAGCAGUUGUCACCGAAGAUUUCUGCAGAAUAAUGAAUCCAACGAGAGGUCUGAAUGAGGAACUCACCUCCAAGGAUUACCCCCAGCAAUCUGGAAAGUCAAUCCUCCAGUGUUAUCGCUGUCAGGGUUUCUGGCACAUCGCUGCCAAUUGCAGACAAUCCCCAAGAUGCGUUCGAUGUGGAGACGCACAUUACGUUGACUUCUGCCCCAGAUCUCGGAAUAACCCGAUCUGCUGUCAUUGUCUGGGUCCACAUCAUGCGGGUAUUGAUCCACUUGCACGUUGAUAAUAUCCGGGGGAAAAUGAGAGCUCAAUUCAAUAG